ACCGCGAACGCAUUCUCUGGUCGUUAGUUCGCGAAUACAGCUGACGUUGUAAGGAUGUAUCGGUUGUUGGCUCGUCUUUAGUGAGGAAAGUGUCCCGGUUGCAAUUUUCCCCUUCUUGAAAGUGUGUGUUUGGAAUAGCAAAAUAAGAAAUAACGGGAAAACGCGGCGAUUGAAAAUGUUACAAUUUUAAGCUCAUCACGCUAGGGGAGUGUUAAAAUCUACUCAAUGUGAAGUUUAGCAGACAAAGGCAGAGAUUGAAAAAAGAAUCCACGCAACUUAAUUGGAAUGUCACCGCUGGGAUUAUUUAUUGAGAACCAAAGCGAGCAGUUCUGAGGUCUGAAAUCAUAUCGAGUCGACGGAACAGCAAUAGUAAAUUCCUCAGUGUGAACUUUCGACCUCCUAUCGCAAUCUUGAAAACCAAAGUCCAAACCAAAAUUACUAAUGUAACCGCAAUAAUGCAUCAGCUUAGAAAAUGUUCUCGGAGGAAUCUCGUAAUUGCGCUAACGAUUGCAGUCGGCUAUCUGCUCAUAGAUUAUGUGCUGAACAAUCGCGACAACAUAGACAACCGGGAAAAGAUAAGUUUAAUCGAGGAAUCGAUAAGGUCACUUGCCAAUCAGGGUGCUUGCAAGAUGCCAAACUUGCCCGUUGAUUCACCAGAGAUGCUAAGUUUCUUGAAGGACGAACCACCGAUCGAGUGUGGUAAUGAGAAUGAUGACUGGGUUUCAUGUCACAAAAACAUCUGCACCAUCAAACCGGAAGCAGUGAAGGCAAACGGUAAAAUCACCUGUGACUUCGCGGACAUCAUACGCACUGAUGAUUACAAAAUUCAAUUUGCCAAUCCGGUGCGGUCUACUCAGAGCUACGCCCUGAAGGAGAGUGAUUUUGUUCGGGUCAAAUGUUGGACAGAGUCCCGUGUCCGGUGGACUGGUAUAGUAUUCGGCAUUCGAAAAGAUCCCGAUAUUGUUGGACGUCGCAGUUGGAAUAAAGAUCACGCUAUCAAUGUCCUGAUGAUGGGCUUCGAUUCUCUCAGCCGAAAUGCGUUCAUUAGGAAGCUACCCAAGUCUUACAAGUACCUAACGAAGUACUUGAAGGCGCAGAUUCUGCAAGGAUACAACAUUGUGGGUGAUGGAACGCCACAAGCGUUGAUACCCCUUUUGACCGGGUUCACCGAGUUAGAACUACCGGAAACGCGUAAGCGAAUGAAAAACUCGGACUAUGUAAACGUGUAUCCGAUGGUGUGGGAUGAGUACGAAAAGUACGGCUAUGUGACGGGUUUCAACGAGGAUGUACCGCACAUAGGAACGUUUUCCUAUCGACUGAAUGGCUUCGAUGUGCAGCCGACCGAUCAUUACAUGCGUACGUAUUAUCUAGCAAUCGACAGUUAUUUGAGUUACUAUAAGAAGCUGUGCGUUGGUGCUCAGCCUCGUCACAAAGUUAUGCUAGACUAUACCAAAGAAUUCAUGCUAAGCUACCCAUCGAAUCCACGCUUUGUGUUCAGCUUCCACGGUGAGCUGUCCCACGAUUCGAUUAACCAGGUCGGGGUAGCGGACACCGAUAUCACCAAUUGGUUGGUGGAGCUUAAGCAGUCAGGAUUGCUCAAUAACACAAUUUUGAUUAUGAUGUCCGACCAUGGGAAUCGGUUUGCUGAGGUGAGGAAUACGCUCCAGGGCAAGCAGGAGGAGAGAUUGCCCUUCUUCGGGUUCGUUUUCCCCGAGUGGUUCCAGAAACAGUAUAGCGAGCAGUAUGCGAAUUUUAGAAGCAAUCUCAACCGACUGGUGACACCGUUCGAUGUUCACGAGACGCUGCAGGAUGUUUUGAAUCUUCAGAAUAUGAACGCGAAGCAAAGACCGACACAUUCCCGCGCUAUUUCCCUCUUCGAAGAGAUUCCAAGCAACCGGUCGUGCGCGGAGGCAUACAUCGAACCGCACUGGUGUGCCUGCCUGAAUUGGGAAACGAUUGAGGACACCUCGUCGGAGGAGGUAUUCCGCUCUGCCAUGGCGAUCGUGGACUUUAUCAACAAGUACACGGAGCGACACCGAUCGCUCUGCGCAACGCUCAGUCUGGACGAGAUCACGUGGGCGGCGAAGUUGUCACCCCACGACGAUCUGGUCAAGUUCAAGAAAAACAAGGACACCGACGGGUAUCUGGGCGAUUUUAGUUCCACGGGAACUAGAGUGGCACACGACAUGUACCAGGUCAAGCUCAUCACGAAUCCCGGCAAGGCGAUCUACGAGGGCAGCGUGCUGCACGACCUGAACAGCAAUCAGUACCGGAUAAAGCUGAGCGACAUAUCGCGCAUCAACAAGUACGGUUCGCAGGCGAACUGUAUAUACGACAAAGAUCCAGAAAUGAGGAAAUAUUGCUACUGUAAGCACUAGACAGCGAAGGAUGGGUGGCGAUGUACAUAAUAAGCAUAUUUAUAAGAGUGAUUUUUCGAGUCAAUCUUAGUUAUAAGUGUUUGGAAUGUUUAGUUUGAUAUGUAUGUAUUCCAGAAUCUCGAGGAAACUUGGACAGUGAGCACAGAAACUAUUUUUGUUUAAUAGGUUAUCCAAAAAUUUACUGUAAUGAAAAGAUAGGUUGGGAGUAUUUUUUUACAUUUUUACACGUCACAAACAGAUGGACUGCAACCGAAAAAUAUCUCUCGAUAAUGCUCAUUAGAGCUUGCGCCCAGUGUAAGUUAACAAAGUGGAUGUACAGUCACGCUGUAUUCGAACCCUUUCUUAUACUGACGUUUUCCUAAAUGAUGCAUUGUUUUUUGUGUCCGUAGUUCAUAAUUCAUUUUGCUCAAUGUGUUGAGUAAUAAAAAUAUUCACAAAAAAAAUACUCACUUAUUUCAGCGAAAAUCCCAAGGAGAGUUCUUUUUCUUGUUCACUUCGAUGAAUACACUUGUUUCUAGUUGAUUGAUUGUAUAUACCAAUACCAAUCAGAGGAUUAUACAGAACGCGCAUUUUAUUAGAUAAACUCCCCACAAAUCUUCUCAUCCGUAACAAAAUUGUUAAUUGGUUCUAUAUCCGCAAUGCUACUUUUCGUAUGGUUGAACAGCGUGUCGUUUAUAUAGGUAGGAGUGUGUGUGUGCAGCUUGGUGAAUGUGUUCUACCACCCUUACUUCUUUAUUGGAUCAAUUGUAGUUCCUCCACGAAUCUGUCCCCAUCC